AAUUAUCUGGUAUUUUCUUUCAGCCUACGAACCCUGAAGCGGCUAAGCAAAGGUCAAAAGUUGAGCAAUGCUCUUCUUAUCGGUGCAAACACGCCUUUGCAUAUGCAGCGCGCCAGCAUUGAGAGAUUGACGAUGCUUCUUGCUGUCUCGCAAGUGAGAAACAGUGCAGUGGAUCUUCUUUCUUAAACGAAAUCGAUAUACUUCGCGAUACUCAUGGAACGAGUCGAAAGAAUCUUUCCAUUAUCGAUAUCGUUGAAUAUCUAUCGGGAGGAUUCACGAGGAUAUCGCCUAUUCCCUAGACUCCUCUAUCGAAGUUGGAAGUUCGAGACCAAGGAAGUACGUUUCGUGCACGUCUCGCGUGUGGAGAAACUUCCGGUUGGCGAAACAAUUCAAGCGACAAAUUCAUCAGCGGUGAACGGUAACCGAUAAAAAGAUAGGGAAAACGAAAAGAAAGAAGGCGAAAGAAGAGGGAAUCGACUCGGUGUACGCACAUAAUGUACGAGUCCUGAGAGGAGUUGGAGUCCCUCCCGGAGGCGCGGCGCCGCGCCGCGCCACGGCACGACGUUGUGACUAUAAGUAAGUCUCGCGCGGCGCGCCGCGGCUUAAUGCCGUUGCCGCGUUCGUGGCGCCAAGAGGAGGGCCCAUUGGCGACGAUAAGCCUCCUUCGUGUCCGGCACGAACGAGAAAAAGAAAGAGAGAAAAACGGAGAUAGAUACACAGCAGCCAGCUUUCACCCGCGUUUCAGCAGUGAAUAUAUAUACCCCGUCGGGGUGUGGAUCGCGACAGUGUAGAUAAUACGUAGCUGUCAGUCGUAUCCGGCCAGUGUCAGUCUAGAGUUGGUAUCUAACGGUGAACAAGAGAGUGACCAAGAGAGUCGUGUGUCGUUUGUGUGCCAUUCGAUAACAUUUACCCCGGAGGGAGAAAGAAAAAAAGAAACAACCCUUAUUGUCUUCUAUUCUUUCCUUCGAUCCCAUCCCAAUGAUCUCUCCAAUUGUUCGAUCCAAAUUUGAGUUUUGAAUGAAUAUCGAUAUCGAUCCCUUUUAGAACUCGUGUCGCUUUUAUUUUACAAGUGUGAGCAAACGCUCUUCGUUAAAAAAUUAUCUUAUAAUAUUGUGUCGUGUUGCUUGGAUAUCGAUAUAUAUAUAUAUAUAUAAGAUAAUAAGACGCGGUGUGAGUGUGGAAUACAUAGGGUAGUGAGACGGGUGGAGAGGGAUCGGUAAGAAGGUGGUUGGUCAUCAAAGGGGGUGCGCAUGGUCCCUGCGGACAGGGGAAGGAUCACCUGUGUGCGGACGAGCGCGGACCUUUCUACUGGCCCGUUUGGAUGGUGGAUCAGCGUGGCCGUAUUUUGACGUUCGUACCACCAUGUCAGGGCUGCUGUACACGCUUUUAGGGUUGGCGGCUAGCACGAGCCUCCAUUGUGCCGUCCGCCGCGAGAUAAGCCCGUGCACCUGCCGACAGGAAGAGUUCUCCAGUUCCGUUAUCAACCCGGGCCAGUCCGCCGCUGCUGCAGCGGCUGCGGCGGUCGCCACCGCAACCGCCAACAACGCCGGCCACCAUGGAGGGCAUGGAGAACGGAUCGAGGUCGUGUGCGAGAAAAUGGACUCUUUCGAGCAAGUGGCGGGGGCGUUAAGGGGCAAAUUCACCGCUGAACAACAGAUUACGUUACGUGUCGCGCAUUCGAAUCUCAGGGAUAUAUCGCGGCACGAUUUUAAAGAGCUGCGGAUGUCCAUCACGAAACUCGAGUUGAAUCACGAUCGACUAGGGUUCGUAGAUGGCGAAGUUUUUGCGGGGUUGGGAAGAACGCAAUAUCUUAGUCUCGCGGAUAACGAGGUACCGUCGAUACCAAGGCAUAUACUGUCUCAUCUAUCUUUACUGAGGACCCUAGAUCUCAGCAGAAAUCGGAUAAAUCGUAUAGACUCGGAUGACUUUAAGUACAAUCCGACAUUACAACAUCUUCUUCUGGCCGGAAAUGCAAUUUCAGAAAUGGUGCCAGGCUCGUUACCACCGUUAGUGAAGCACUUACACGUUGGCCGCAAUCAUUUACAAAGCCUGAAUCGAACCUUACGAGAUUUGAAUCAGUUGGAGUGGUUGCUAAUUAACGCCAACGAGCUCUCGUCUCUGGAUGGCGAGCUACCGUCUUCUGGCCAUAAUCUGAAGAUGCUCUACGCCGUGGACAAUAAAUUAACUCACUUGCCGGUGGAAUUUCGUUACCUGCAUCGUUUGGAAAGUUUGUAUCUUCAACACAAUAAGAUCCGCAGUUUGGAUGGUACGCUACAAAAGGCACGUCGACUGAAAUUUCUCGAACUUUCGCACAACGAUCUGCAAGAGUUAACGGAAGAGGAUUUCAUAGAAGCUGAAAUGUUAGAGGAUUUAGAGCUUGGCCACAAUUCUCUAAAAUCGUUGGAUAGCGCGGGUGAUAAUGGCGACGGAAAUGGGGGCAACAGUGUCCUUUACCCUCUUAGAUCGCUCAAGUGUUUAAAUUUGACGCACAACGAGCUUCGUGAAUUUUCAUUCGCGUCACUUCGUGGUCUGCGCGAGUUACGAAUGCUUGAUCUCUCGAACAACAGAAUCGCGCGGCUCCAUAGAGGAAGAACGCCAUCAGAGAAUUUAGUGGAAGAGGAAGGAGAUGAAACGGCAGGCGGAAAUAUUCAAGAUAUGCGACUUCAGCAUAACGAGCUACGAAGCUUGGAUGGUUCCUUGUUUCUUGGAAUGAAGGAAUUGCAGAGGUUGAAUCUAAGUCAUAAUGCUUUAGGACCAACAAUUGGUCAACGCGAUCUACGAGGUCUUGAUGGUCUAAAAGUACUCGAUCUUUCUCAUAAUGAGCUCACCACUCUUGAAGAUACAUCAGAGACGUGGCUUCCUUCUCUGGAAGAAUUGAACGCAUCACAUAAUCGUUUAGUAACGUUAUCCGAAAGAGACUUUCGUGGAUUUCCCGUUCUCUGCUGGGCAGACGUGAGCGCGAAUCGGAUACGUAUUCUGAUGCCGGAACUCGUGGCAAAUACACGGUGUACUGUUCACGGAGUGCCAGAUGUGCUUCGUAUAUAUCUGCAAGAUAAUCCGGUGUUGUGUGAUCCUGGACUCGCAGACCUGACCGUGGCUUUCGAAGUUAAUCACGCGAAAGUUUAUGGUGUUGCCAAUAAUUGUCCGACUACCGUGGCGACUCCUACCGAACAAACGUCGCCACUUCCGCCAUUACCACCGACGCUGUUGUUAGCUGCCGCUGCAGCUGCUUCCGGAGGAAAUGUUUCUUUCGCCGCGACACUUGAGUAGUUCAUUAUAAAAUAAAAUAAUAAUUUUAAGAUGUGAUCAAUCGAUAGAGAAAGUUUGAAUGAAAACGAAGAAAAACGAAGGAUUGAGAAGAAGAAUUCUUCGAUUCAUAGUUAUUCGUUUGUGUGAAGCUAUGCAAUAUCUACACACGAAUAGACACAUGUGAGAAACGAUAAUGUUAAAAGUUCGUUUUAUUGGUAUUCAUUGUGAUAAACUAAAAGUGUGUGGAAAUGGGCGGUGUAAAUCUUGGUGUAACUUCGUUCCCCUUCACGUUCGACAGACGUUUUAGUUCGUUUAAUCUAAUCCGCUUGCGUGAAUUUCUUGGAAGCAUGCAAAUGAAAAAAAAAAUGUUGUAUAAUAAUAAUAAUAAUAAUAGAAUAAUACAUA